CCUUGCGGAUCGCACCGCGAAUCGCACUUAUUUACGCGUUGAACCUUUUUCAACACCAUCGUGAAUGCAUUACUUUUUUAAUUUAAAAUGUCGUUAAGAUUUCAAUGUUUAAUUUUCCUUCUGAGUUUAAUAGCUACCGUAACUAGGAGUGACUCUAUCGACAAUGAUCAAAAUGGAUUUUCAGCAAAAAAUGGUGCUUUUUACACGGAAGAUGCAGUAAUUCUUAAUGUCCCUGUGCAACGAGUGAAGCGUGAAUCAAAUACCACACGAGAUGGAAAACAGCUAUUGUUAUUACGCCCCAGACAAGCUAAUGACGAGGGUGCGUUUGGUGUGGAUUGCCAAACAACGCUCGGUAAGAAGGGGACAUGUAAGAACUUUCGCGACUGCUACCCGCUUUUCAAAGUGGUAAAUCUCUCUGGUUACGACGGAUGGGUCAUGGGCCACUACGAUACGUGUAGUUAUAUAAACAACGAGAAUACGGAGGUGUUUGGAGUGUGCUGCACGCAGCCUGUAGGCACUCCACCGCAGCAGGAACCCGAUGCCCAACGCUUUGGUGUGCUGCAACCAUCUUUUCCGAUAUCAUUAUCCAACUAUCCCAGUCUGGUGCCGUCAGCCCUGUCAUCGCAGUUCGCGUUCAACAACCAGCUUGGUCGUCAGAUCCCCUCCGUGUGGCCGCCGGCUCUACCACCCCUGCCCACUCAUCCGCCAAACCACGCCGCACCCACACAUCCACCUUCAUUCGUUGCUGGCGUCACACAGCCACCUGCAAGCCCUGGUAGCACUCCCCCCACUACGACCUGGGGUACUAAGCCUCCUAGCACUACGAAACAGACUUGGUCUCCGACGAAUCCUACACUGCCAACUAGACCCACUGCUCCCGUUGGUGCAGAUUCUUCAUGCGGCAUUAAGAACGGACCACAGACAUAUGGCAGCACAUACGAGUCACAGGACGAGGAGCGUAUAGUGGGUGGGACCAAUGCAGAGCCCAACGAAUUUCCCUGGAUCGUGGCGUUGUUCAACGGCGGCCGCCAGUUCUGUGGCGGGUCGCUCAUCGACAACAGCCAUGUGCUGUCUGCUGCUCAUUGUGUCGCACAUAUGACAUCUUGGGAUGUAGCUCGUCUCACGGCAAGGCUGGGCGACCACAACAUCCGCAUAAGCACGGAAACACAGCAUAUGGAAAGGAAGAUCAAGAGAGUGGUCAGGCAUCGUGGAUUUGACAUGCGCACUCUUUACAACGACGUAUCAAUCCUAACACUGGAUCAACCUGUGACAUAUACGAAGAACAUUCGUCCCAUCUGUCUGCCCGGCGGCGGAAGAGCCUAUUCGGGUCUCACAGCGACUGUUAUUGGAUGGGGAAGUUUACGGGAGAGUGGCCCUCAGCCGUCGGUGCUGCAGAAGGUGUCGAUUCCGAUCUGGACCAACAGCGAGUGUCGGCUGAAGUACGGCGCGGCGGCGCCGGGCGGCAUCGUCGACCACAUGCUCUGCGCGGGCCGAGCUAGCAUGGACUCUUGCAGUGGUGACAGCGGCGGUCCACUCAUGGUCAACGAAGGCGGUCGCUGGACUCAAGUGGGCAUAGUGUCCUGGGGCAUCGGUUGUGGAAAGGGGCAGUACCCGGGAGUCUACACGCGCGUCACUGCAUUCCUGCCCUGGAUACAGAAGAACUCUAAAUAGAAUAGCUUUCGGAAAUCAUGUUAUUAAGUCGGAAGGGAGCUUUUCACUUAAUACUUAUAGGGUUACAUUAAAUGGGAUUGGUCAAAUAAGUAGUGGGGGUUUUUCAAUGUAAGGUGCAUUCAGAGUUCAGACCACACUCCAUGGUUACUUUUUGUGGAGUAAUAGCACAAGAUAUACCUAACUUUUAAACUCUAGGAACUUUUUGUAUUUGGUUCUUAGCAUUGAUAUAGAAUUAGUAGGCUACAAAAAAUAAUUGCAGUGUGGAUACACUGGAGAUCGUCUUUAGACGCUAUCAUUGUAUCACAUUGGCGUCACAAACAUCUCUUGUUGCGGCCGCUAUAAUGAAAAGGCUAUUUUCAGUUGCUAUGUAAACUUAUUCGUACACUAUAGAAAGUAUCCUAAAAAUAAAAAUCAAACUAGUAAUUUGUUAUUGGCUAACUUCGAUAACAUAUCGAGAUG